CCCCGGCGGCGGAGCAUGGCGGGCGCGGGGGGCGCGGGAGGAGCGGCCCCGGUGCCGGUGCCCCCCUGGUACCACCGGGACCUGAGCCGGGCGGCGGCCGAGGAGCAGCUGGCGCGGGCCGGGCGGGACGGCAGCUUCCUGGUGCGGGACAGCGAAAGCGUGGCGGGGGCCUACGCGCUCUGCCUGCUGUUCCAGAAACACGUCCACACCUACCGCAUUCUGCCGGACGAGGAGGAUUUCCUGGCCGUGCAGACGUCACAGGGGGUACAGGUGCGGCGCUUCAAGACGCUCAGCGAGCUGAUUGCCCUGUACCUACAGCCCAAUCAGGGGCUGGUCUGCACCCUGCUCUUCCCUGUCGAGAGGGAGAAAGAGAAGGAGACCGUGGAGGACAGGGACUACUCAGAUGGAGAGGAUGAGAAGCCACCGUUGCCACCACGCUCCGGCUCCACCAGUUUCUCUGGCACCUCAGUGGGGCUCAGCCCCACUGGCCUGGGACCAUCUGUGCCAGAGAGGCCAGUGGAGAGCACCAAUGGGCUCAGCAGCAUCUCUCAUGAGUACCUGAAGGGCAGCUACACCCUGGAUCUGGAGGCAGUGAAGGGAGGGGCCAACAGCCUCCCUCACCUCAACAAGACUCUUGUCACCUCCUGCAAACGGCUGCACAGUGAGGUGGACAAGGUGCUGGCAGGGCUGGAGAUCCUCUCCAAGGUGUUUGACCAGCAGAGCUCCCCCAUGGUCUCCAAGAUCCUGCAACAGACAGCAGGGCAGAGUGGAGAGCAGGAGCUGGAGAACCUGGUGCUGAAACUCUCUGUGCUGAAAGAUUUCCUGUCCUCCAUCGAGAAGAAGGCACUGAAGGCCCUGCAGGAGAUGAGCUCAGCCACCCCUGCCACGCCCCCUCAACCCCUCUCCCGCAAGGCCAAGAGCAUCCCAGUGCAGACCUUCGAGGUGAAGCUGGAUAUCACCCUGGGGGACCUGACCAAGAUUGGGAAGUCACAGAAGUACACGCUGAGCGUGGAUGUGGAGGGGGGUAAACUAGUGGUGCUGAAGAAGCAGAAGGACUCCCAGGAGGACUGGAACACCUUCACCCAUGACAAGAUUCGGCAGCUGAUCAAGUCACAGCGGGUGCAGAACAAGCUGGGCAUCGUUUUUGAGAAGGAAAAGGAUAAAACGCAACGGAAAGACUUUGUUUUUGUCAGUGCUCGGAAGCGUGAGGCCUUCUGUCAGCUUCUGCAGCUGAUGAAGAACAAGCAUUCUCACCAGGAUGAGCCUGACAUGAUCUCUGUCUUCAUUGGCACCUGGAACAUGGGCAGCGUUCCCCCCCCCAAGAACAUCACUUCAUGGAUCACCUCCAAGGGGUUGGGCAAGACCCUGGACGAGGUGACGAUGGCCAUACCACAUGACAUCUACGUCUUCGGCACCCAGGAGAAUUCCCUGGGAGACAAGGAGUGGGUGGACUUUCUGCGCACUGUCCUCAAGGACUUCACAGAGGUUGAGUACCGCCCGGUGGCCAUGCAGUCCCUGUGGAACAUCAAGGUGGUGGUGCUGGUGAAGCCAGAGCACGAGAACCGCAUCAGCCAUGUCAGCACCUCCAGCGUCAAGACAGGGAUCGCCAACACCCUGGGGAACAAGGGUGCUGUGGGUGUCUCCUUCAUGUUCAAUGGCACCUCCUUUGGCUUUGUCAACUGCCACCUCACCUCUGGCAAUGAGAAGACGGCACGGAGGAACCAGAACUACCUGGACAUCCUGCGCCUGCUCUCACUGGGAGAUAAGCAGCUGAGCUCCUUUGACAUCUCUCUUCGCUUCACCCACCUCUUCUGGUUUGGGGACCUCAAUUACCGCCUAGACAUGGACAUCCAGGAGAUCCUCAACUACAUCAGCCGCAAGGAGCUGGAGCCGCUGCUGAAGGUGGAUCAGCUCAAUCUGGAGAAGGAGAAGCACAAGGUGUUCCUGCGCUUUGGUGAGGAGGAGAUCACCUUCCCCCCAACCUACCGCUAUGAGCGGGGCUCCCGGGACACCUAUGUCUGGCACAAGCAGAAGCCCACAGGGGUGCGUACCAACGUGCCAUCCUGGUGUGACCGCAUCCUCUGGAAGUCCUACCCUGAGACUCAUGUCAACUGCAACGCUUAUGGGUGCACAGAUGACAUUGUCACCAGUGACCACUCACCCGUCUUCGGUUCCUUUGAAGUGGGAGUGACGUCCCAGUUCGUUUCCAAAAAAGGGCUCUCCAAGUCCUCAGAGCAGGCAUACAUCGAGUUUGAGAGCAUAGAAGCCAUCGUGAAGACCUCCAGUCGCACCAAGUUUUUCAUCGAGUUCUAUUCUACCUGCCUGGAAGAGUUUAAGAAAAGCUUCGAGAACGACAGCCAGAGCAGUGACAACAUCAACUUCCUCAAGGUGCAGUGGUCAUCCCGGCAGCUGCCCACGCUGAAGCCCAUCCUCUCUGAGAUUGAGUACCUGCAGGACCAGCAUCUCUUGCUCACUGUCAAAUCCCUUGAUGGUUACGAGUCCUACGGGGAGUGUGUCAUUGCCCUGAAGUCCAUGAUUGGCAGCACAGCACAGCAGUUCCUCACCUACCUGUCGCACCGUGGUGAGGAGACCGGCAAUAUCCGUGGCUCCAUGAAGGUCUGGGUGCCCACGGAGCGCCUGGGCACCCGUGAGAGGCUCUAUGAGUGGAUCAGCAUUGAUAAGGAUGAGACGACAGCCAGCAAAGGGAAGGUGCUGCUAGGAGCCAGGACCACCCAGGACAAUGCCAAGUCUGUGGGGCGGAAGCCCACCGGUGCUGAGCCCCCCACCACCAUCCAGGCGAAGCUCCCAGAGGAGCCCGAGAAGAGCAGCACCACAGCAGCACCGCGUCCCCCAGCCCCACACCGCAGCACCCCCAGGGAUGAGGCCACCCCAAGCCGGUCCAAGGUGGAGCCAGUGCCAGAGCUCUCUGGGGGUCCCCUGAAGAACAGCUUCAACAACCCAGCAUACUACGUUCUGGAGGGGGUCCCCCACCAGCUGCUGGUGCCAGGGGACCCUGGCAAGCCCCCCAAGGCCAAGGUGCAGCUGGCAGUGCCGGAGCGCUGCCAGUGCCCCUCGGCAUGCUGUGGUGGCGAGAGUGAUGAGGAAGAGGACCUCGGCACCCUGAACCUGCCACCGCCGGAUUUCCCCCCACCACCGCUGCCACGGGAGCUGGAGCUCCCCACAAACACCUUCUUGGGCACCCCCAAGGAGCUGCUGGCAUCCAGUGGGUGUGAGGACCCCAAAUCCCACCCUGCUGCCUUUGGAGAGGCUCCCCUGCCCAAGCUGCACCCCCGGCCACCCCCAGCCACCAGGGCUGGAUUUGGGAUGGAGGGGGCUGGUGGGAUGCCUGUUCCAGGGGGGCUACCUGCAGUUGGGGGACUGCCUGCUCCUGGGGGCCUGCCGGGAGGGCUACUGGAUGACCGCUCCUGCUCGGUGCUGCAGAUGGCCAAGACACUGAGUGAGGUGGACUACGGGGGUGGGAAGGGGAAGGUGGUCCCCCCACCACCGCUGCUGGCCAAAGGGGCGUUGCCUCCCCGCUGCCUGCAUCCUGACUAUGGCCGCCCCCUUGCCUUCCCUCCCCACUCCAUCCAGGAGAGCAUCCAGGAGGACCUGGCUGAGGAGGUGGGUGACACAGGGUGGGUGGGGGUCCUCAGCACAUCAGCUGGGGCUCCCUUUGGGGUGCCUAAUGGUGCCGAGGCUGUUGGGGUGCAGGCGCUGGGCCGUGGCGUGGGCACCGUGCCCGGUGUGGGCGAGUGGCUGCGGGCGCUGGGGCUGGAGCGGUACGAGGAGGGGCUGGUGCGCAAUGGCUGGGACGACCUGGAGUUCCUCAGUGACAUCACAGAGGAGGACCUGGAGGAGGCUGGAGUGCUGGAGCCUGGCCACAAGCGCGUCCUUCUGGAGAGCCUCCAGCUCCGCAAGUAGCUGCCACCGCACAUUCAGCAUCCCGUGCUUCCCAUGGCCCAGCAUCCCAGAUCCUGCAGCCCUGCGUCUCAGACCUUGCAGUAGUGUGUCCUGUGGCCCAGCAUCCUGCAUCCCACAGAUGUACAUCCUGGAUCCCAUGGCUGUGCAUUCUGUAUCCUGCUGCCACGUAUCCUGGAGCCCUGUGGCCCUGCAUCCUGCAGCUGAGCAUCCCAGAUCCUGCGGCCAUGCAUCCCAGAUCCCUCAGAUCCUGUGGCUAUGUGUCCGCAGCCCAGCAUCCUGUGACCCUGUAUCCUGGGUCCCAUGGAUGUGCAUCCCAGAUCCUGCAGCUGUGCAUCCUGCAGCUGAGGAUCCUUCAUCCCACAGUCCCACAUCCUGCAUCCAUUCAUCCCACCAUCUCCAGCAGCAAGUGGGAACCCCAUGACCUCCACAGCCCAUCCCCCACCCUGGAUGCAGGGUAAUGGGGUAGGAAGGGGGAGUGGGGGGACAGGGGGGUGGUGGGUCCCGGUCAGAUAAUUUCACAUGAGGAUCCCUACAGGGUGCCCUCACAUUUAAGUUAUUUUUUUUUAUUUAUUGGGAGAAGGGAUGGGGAAAGAGGUGUUUGGGGGUAACCUGGUUCCCUGGUUGGGAUCCUGGCUCCCCCCCAUGACCCCUCACAGCUAGGAGGAGGAGGCUCUGAGCAAAGUCAUGUCUCGACCCAAGUGCCUUCAUGAUGCUCUGGGGUGGGAUGGGAUGGGGAUGGGAUGGGAUAGCUCAGCCAGCCCCCAUAGACAACACUAAGCCCAGCUCAGGAUCCCUAUCCCCAACUCUAAGGAUCCUGUCCCCACCCUGAAGGUCCCAUCCCCAUUGUGAGGGUUCCUGUCUCCACCCUGGGCAUCCCUGUCCCCACCCCAGAGCACCUGUUCCCCUCAGGGUCCCUGUCCUGAAGAUGAAUGUCCCAUUCCCACCCUGGAAGAUCCCCAUCCCCACCCAGGGAAUGCCUGUCACCAUCCCUGGGGGCCCCAUCCCCUUGCUGUAGGCCUCUCUCCCAGCUACAGAGGAUCCUGUCCCCACCCUGGACCUCAUAUCUGCACACCAGAGGUUCUACCCCCACUCUGAUGAUCCCAAUCCGUGCUCUGGAUGUGCUGUCCCCACCCCUGGGGGUUCCUGUCCCCAUCUCUGAGAGUUCCAUCUCCACCCCAGGUACCCAUGUCUCCACCACAGGAGUCCCUGUCACCAUUCCUGGGGGUCCCAUCCCCACUAUGAUGGUUCCUGUUCCCACCCUGGAGGUGCUUUCCCCACCUCGGGGGUGCUGUCCUCAUUCCCAGGGGUCCCCACCCCCACCCUGAGGGUCCAUCCCACCCAGAGGUUCCAUCCCCAGGGGUCCUGUUGUCCCCAUACUGGGGAUUCCGUCCCUACCCCCGGAGUCCUGUCCCCACCAUGGGGUCCCAUUCCUACGUGGCAGGGUCCCCAUCCCCACUCUGGGAGUGCCUGCCCCAUGCUGGGGGUCCCAUCCCCAGCUGGGGAAUCCUGUCACAGCAGAGCCAGAUCAGUGCCUUCCCCCAGAGCCCAGCCCACACCAGCAGUGCCUCCGGGGCAGAUCCCCACUUCCAGACAGUUUGCCCAUUAGGUACUUGCUGGGUCUGUCCCCCCACGGGGGUUUGUGUUGCCCUUGGGGACAGUAGGGCUGGCAGCCGGGUCUCCUUGUGGGUGCUCAGCCCCCAGCCUUGUCAAGUGUCCUUCCAGGAGGGCCCUCAGGGUGGGAGUCCCCAGGACAGGGGUACUCCCACUGUGCUCUCCCCACUGGGAUGCUCCCUCCAGGCUCUCCUGUCCUCAGGGGGCAUGGGGGUGAUGCUACCCCCAGACCCCCCAACCCCUCACUCCGGCUGAGAUGAAGGAUGGGCCAGGUGCCCCUGGCAUACCCCAACAUCCCCUCUCUGUAACUGGGGGGGAUUAACUCCCCCCCACUAAACCCCCAGCUCCUGUGUUUGGAGGUGUUUGGUAAACCUGGAGUGAUUUUUAUCACGUUCAUGAAGUGGGUGUGGUGGAGCUCUCAGCGUGGCGAGGUGGGGAAUGGUCUGGGGAGGGGGACAAGGCGGGAACCCAGGGGGAAGAACUGGGUCCCAGUGUAAUCUGUGACCCCUCCAAGCUGGCUGUACUGGUCCCAGCAAGGUGGGGAUCAGGUUCCUUUUCCCCUUCUUGCCCACCUUGGGUACCUCAGACCACUCCCCCAACAGCCUGGCAUGCUCCUUGUCACCAAGACCUUCUUCAUCAUCACCGCCCAAAGGCCCCUAGAGGCCAGGGGGGCUGUGUGGGGCACCCGUCUCCUCACCCCACUUGAGGGGGCUUCCCAAGGGGUGCCCCUUCAGCAUCCUACAGCUGCUUGGGGUCUUUAAAUGGGGGCCACCCAAAAUAAUAAGGUCCUGGCGGUCUGUGGCAUCACCUGGGGGGUUCUGGUGGGUUUCAGAGGGUGCAGGGGUGGGGACCAUGCAGCCCCCCCACCCCUGUAACCCCUGGUGAGGGAGGGGUGCAACACGGCUGAGGGCCAGCAGCAGUGUCAAUAAAUUAAGUUUAAUUUGGA